AUGUUGAAAAAUAUUUUAAAAAGUGUUACCGAUGUGCCUAGACCCAACUAUGAAAAUCGCCAACGAAAUCUAGACUUUUCUUUCGAAGAGAAUGCUAUUAUCUCAAUCUAUCCAGAGAUCAAAGAGGAAAUAAUAAACCAACAGUUGAUAUACCACCAACAAUUUCCAGAUCUGAAAUACAGGUUUUCAAAAUUACUCGACUAUCACCUAAAACUAGAUCCUAAAUAUUUGGCUCGAGCAGUAUUUCUGGUUCACGCUUACAGACUUUUAGAAAAGCCAUCAUUACUUAAUGAAAUCAAUAUAAGAAAAGCUUCCAUAUUAGGAUGGUGUCAUAAAAUGCAUGAUGCCUCCGUUUUACUGGAUGACGACAUUGCAGAUGCUUCUGACACCAGGUACAAUAAACCAACUUGGUACACUCUUCCAGAUAUAGGUGUCAACAAAGCAAUUUUUGAUUCAGCGUUUCUAAAAACCGGUGCUAAUUUUCUAAUAUUAAACUACCUAUCAUCCCAUCCACAAUGCAUUAAUAUCCAAAAAUCACUUUUGAUUUCAUAUUCAAUGACGAAUGUGUCUCAAUUAUUUGAAAUCCAACAGUUCAAAAUGGAGGAAAUAGAAAAGUAUCAAAAUGUUUUAAAGUUUUACCAAUUUGCUCUACCUUUGAUUUCUUCUGCCCUAUAUUUGGCGAACAUUGAUGACAAAAAUAUUCACGCGGCUGUUCAUGAGACUUGCAUAGAGAUUGCAGAGUUUCAGAAAAUUCAGGACGAUGUGGCUUGUGUAUUCGGAUCAAUUUCCGACACACAAAAGUCCUGCACUGACGUAUCCGAGGGCAGACCAUCCUGGCUUGCCAUGGAGGCUUACAAAAGAGGAGAUGAAGGACAAAGAAAGAUACUAGAGAAACAUUAUGGUGUUAACAAUAAGGAAUCAGUUGCAAAUGUUUAUAAAGUCUUUAGACAAUUAAAACUAAAGGAAGCUUAUGAUGAGUUUCAGAAAGAUUUUUAUGAAGAAAUGCAUUUUAAGAUACAUAAUAAAUUGCCGAAGAGUCUACCGCCAAAAUUAUUUAUGGAUUUACUAGACUCUUCUAUGAGUGGUAGAUUUAGGUUACAAAGACUUUACAACAAAAUCCAGACCUCAGUUCUUAAAAAAACGGGCAAUGAUCUCGUAAAUUCUCACAUAGCAAAACGGCUUGAAAAUCCAAAAUUGAAUAACGAACUCCAACCUGUUAUCAAAGCUGUUUUUGGAUUCGACGAUAGAAGGAACGACCUUUGA